GAAUUUGAAUAUUUUCAUGAGUAUAUGGUGAAUAAAUAAAAAAACUCAGGACUAUGUGGUGAAAAAAUCGCAUUAAUAAUCUAUUCAUCGAGAUGGAUCAAAUAAGACCCAACAUGAUUAUGUUAUAUCCUAUAUAUUAAGAGUAAUUUAGAAGAUUCUCUCACAUUAUAAAUAGUGUCAAAAUUACAAUCGAGAAGUAUUAGAAGGGGCCAAGGGAGUAUAAGGUAGGGACUGAACUUUUUGAUGUGAAAUUCACAUACUCUCAAAAGACAAAUAUGAGCUAGAAUUAGGUUAGGUUGAAAAUAGGCCAAAUGUUUUGUCAAAAAAAAAAAAAAAAAAAAAAAAAAAGAUUAUAGGCCAAAUGUAAAGAAAAAGUUGUUAAUAGUGGGAAUCAAAAACCGUUAAUCAAAUUGAAACUCCAAUUUCUCUCUAAUGUGGGGAUGUGGGCCCCACCACCCGGUAACCCGUAAGUCUCCUCCCACCGUCCAUCCGCCAAUUUCACCACUCGGUGCCCCUUCCACUUCCCAAAACAAACAACUCCUAAAGGGUAAAACAGUAAAUUCACCCUCCUACCAGGCUACCACAACCCUUAUAAUUCAAAGGUCCAUUAAAAUUCAACUAGUCACGUGCCAAAACACACGUGACACUCACACAUUCCUCCCUCUCACAAUCCACGUCAUCAAAAGUGGGACCCAAUUCCCCUCCCCUUUGGCGCGCUUGCAAUUUCGUCCUACGUGUCACCCUCGUAAAUAACCCAACACUCAAGGGUAAAACAGUAAAAACAGUUGGAAGUAGAGAAACACUAAAACAACUUUCAGUUCAUAACAGACAGAGGCAGCAAACAGCAACACACAACAAAAAAAAAAAAAACAAACUUAAAAACUCAACUGAAGAACAACAAACAUUAACAACAACUUCAACAAACAAAACCCAGAAAAUACGGGAAAACCUAUGCAUUUAUCCUACGAUUAAUCAAACUACACUUCAAUGGAUGAAACUCAGAAAAUGACGGCGUUGAAGAAGGCAUAUGCGGAGAUUAUACUGAAUACAGCAAAGGAAGCGGCGGCGAGGAUAAUGGCAUCAGAGAGAAAAUCACAACAAUUUCAUCACGAUCUUACUUGUACUAAAGAGGAAGCUCUUCGUCUUUUACUCCGUCAAAAACAAACUAUGGAUGCUAAAAUAAAUGAAGCGGAGAUGAAAUCCUUAAACCAACAAAGAAGAAUAGAAGAGCUAGAAGCUCAGCUUCAAGAAGCUGAGGAUAUAGUGAGUAACCUUAGAGUAGAGCUGAAUGAGGCGCAUAUGAAGUUGGAGGAAGUGGAAAAUAACCAAACAAAGAAUUCACCAAAUACGACCGAAAGGGCUCACAGUGAAGAAGCAACAGAACAGCCUGAUAACGGGCUAUCUGAAGCUGUCUCUGUCGCACAAACUAAUUCGUUGGACGUAUCAGCAAAUGGGCGUAAUGUUUCAAAAAAUUCUUUAGAGGAAUUUGGUUUUUCUAGUGAUCCUGUUGUUCCUUCAAUAAUUAUGAGAAGCAAAAAACCUGAGCUAUAUAGAAACGGCUGCACGCAAAGAAUACGUGCGUAUGAAGGGAGUCUUGUAAAUGGCCAUUUUUCUCUGUCUGGAGAGUCGGAUGAUUUGAAAAAUGAGAAAGCUAUAAGAGAAGUUAAAGAAAGUGACGGGAUGUACAUGGCUCCCGUAGUUGCUGAUACUACAUUUUCUUCAGGGAAGAAACCUUUCGACAAUCAAGGAGUAAAACAUGUGGACAGAGGUAGUAGCUUUGUACAAGAAUUGAAAUCACGCUGUCGUGGAAGAAAAAGAGCUGUUAGACACAGAAGACGAUAUGCUUCCACGCUUAACACUAUUCCUCAUUUGGCCAAUGAAACCUUUUCCAAUCUUUCAAACUCUCAACCUUGCUUAACUGGUGAUGAACAUAAGGAAACACUCCCACGCUCACCGUCAAUAUUGCAAUCAAGUGUUUCUGAGAUGGGAAUAUUGUCAGAACAGGUAGCAACUGCCCGAGCUGAUGAAACUGAGGUUCAUGCAGCUGUGGCAAAUGAAGAUACAGAUAUAGCUAGUAGUUUGGAAUUGAUUAAGCAGCAAAGUGGUUCUGGGGAUUGCUUAAAUGUUUCGAGUUCAAAACAAGAUCUUAAAAGUAGUAGCAUGCUACAAGCAUUAAAACCACGCUGUCUUGGCAGAAAACGAGCUGUUAGAUGUAGUAGGAGAAGAGAUCUUUCUGCAUUUAGCGUUGUUCCUCUUCUAGCCAACGGAACACUUUCCAGUUUUUCAAACUCUCAACCAUGCUUAGCUAGUUCCCAUGACUUGCAUGAAACUAAUGAUGGAUCUGAUGAUAUAGAUAAGAAUACACUCUCAAACUCAUCUUCAAUAUUACAGUCUAGUGUUUCCGAGAUAUCAGAACAUGUACCAACUACCCGAGGUGAUGAUACUGAGGUUUGCGUAGAUGUGGUGACUGAAGAAACAGAUGUAGCUGCUAGUUUGAAUUUGAUUAAGCAGCAAAGUGGUUCUGGGGAUUGCUUAAAUAUUUCGAGUUCAAAACAAGAUCUUGAGAUGAGUAACUCUUCUUCAGUAAACCUCAAUUCUACGCUGCUGGAAGCUGGUAAUGUUUUCUCUAGUCCCCCACCAAAAGAUAGGGUUCUUAAGUAUACUUUCCAGAGAAAACGGAAGAAGGAGUCCGUAAGUGGUGAUUAUAGCAGUUUGCACCAGGAGAGUCCUUUGAAAAGAAUUAUGGUAAAGAGGCAGGAUGGUGAUCUUGAGCCCCCAAAAUCUAGUGACACGUCUGAAUCAUCGCGAGAUAGUCGAAGGAUGGCACAAGUGGCACGCCAGCUCAUAUCGCUGUCUGAGAAGAAGUGGUGGAAGUAGUUAACUAGUUCGUUGCUUGCUGAAAAACCAAAGCCUAAGGUUACGUGAAUUUAGAUGGAACAACCUUUCAACGUCAUUGUUGAUGUGAAAUUAGCACCUGAUUUAACAACCACAGCGGCUGCUGCUUCUAUAGAGAGGGAUGGAGGGAGCUAUAAAUUAGCUCAGAUUAAUUAAGUUUCCGCGUCACAUUCAAUAAAGUAAUGUUCUUAUUUGUUAUAGCAUUUUCCAAAUAUCUUUGGUUAAUACAAAGAUGAAUCGUUGUCACUUGAUUAUGUUGAAUGUUCUUGACAAUUAAGAAGUAAUUACUACAUAUAUAUAGUCAUUGAUUUUACUACUACUCUGUAUAAGUAUGGAGUACAGUAUUAGAGUAUUUCUUCAAAGAUUUAUCUUAAUUACCUUGCAUUGUCAGGUUAUCUAAAGCUCUUUCAAGUUGUUUUGAUUACUGUUGUAACCUAAACAAAUUU